AUGCCCGAGUACCAGAACGAAGCGCAAAUUGAGGAGUUGGCGGAUGCUUACAGGCAUGCUGCAAGGCUACCUCCGAUUACGAAGCAAUCUUUGAGCGAACUCGACAUCCAAAACAUUAUCAGCAACAUCAAAUUACGUCACGACGUUAAUUUCGACAAAGACUUGAGCUUCAGACCAAAUAACGAGGGGUCGAAAGGGCAACAAAAGGAGCGCCACUCAAGAAUGUAUUGGCUUGCGUUGGAAGCUGAGCUGCAUCUGUACACAAGACUUUUCCAAGGCACCCCACCGCUACGAUCAUCAGGGCACGCAGACCCGUCUGUGUACUUCCAGCGCGCACAGAAGCGGGUACCAAAGGUGUUCGAAACGAUACAUGAUGUUUUGAAGAGCCUAGUCCCCGAUAGAGACCAUCAAAGAGUGGACGAGCAUCUCGAUGUACGAAUGCUGAUGCAGGAGAUCGAGAAGGGUGUAUGUGAUAUGGUCGCCUUGGUAGAGUGGACCGCACGGCUGCUGAAGGAGCAUUGCGCUCCUAUGCGAGACGAAUGGGUCGACAAGAUGGUGGGGCUGAUGCGGAAGGGUGCAACUGGGACGACUUUGAACAUGAAAAUCAUUGUUGAGAGUCUCAAAGGACUGAUAGGGAUGCUUGAAACUAUGAAGCUUGACGUCGCAAACCAUCAAAUAAGAAAUCUCAAGCCGUUGCUCAUCGAAGACACCAUCAGCUAUGAAAAGCACUAUCACUUAGACCGGAUAGUCAAGAAACGCUCGAAAGUCAACUUUGAAGCAGCUCAGAGGUGGUGGGCCAACGUUGUUGAACGCCUCCAAGUCCAUCACGCUCCCGCAACUAAGCCAGUGAACCGAACGGGUUUGGACAUGUUCGCACAAGCAGUCGUUUCCAACGCAUUCUCGCGCGACACCCGGCAAGAGCUUCCCGACACGUUUUAUCUGGACUACGAUAGAUUGCGAGCACUGAAGUCGGAAAUUGAGGAUUUGGUGCAUUUCGAGAUAUGCUUCAGCAUGUUCAUUAAGUUGCGGAAGGACUUAGGACAUGAUGUAGCAUUGUCGAACGCUGCCAGACACCGCCUUCGCUCCUCACUAACCGCGAUUAUGGGAGAGUCUAUCGGCCACGGUUCACAAGCUUGGAUAUACAACUCUGAGUCGCUCUCGCUCGAAAUCUACCGACAAGCGCAAGUCAUGGCAGGACGAUCUCCUAUCUUUGGUCAUCACAGCCUGCAAGCCACAAACGAGUACCUUCGCUCGUUAUUCUAUAACACCUUCACGUCUCACGCCUCGACAAUGGAGGCCACCCUCCUCCCGCAGGUUCUCAGCUCUAUCCACAAGCACAGCAACUCCUCACCUACUGAGCUCUACAACAGCCUGGUAACCUUGCCACCACCGACCUCUACGCCUCCUUUUAUUCCAGCACCACCCACUGUCGAUACGUUUUCCUUCUACAACAACACACCUCAAGAUAGACUCUGCGACCUUGCCAGGCGUAUUUCACAUAUUGUUCUUUUGCACUGGCGCAUCUGGGCACCCAUCACAUACGUGCAAGACGACGCAUCAGGCUUCGUUACGUACCUACCAAUGCCGCCGCCGCCGCCGCCGCAACCAGCGAUCACGACAUCCACAAUACCACAAUCCGCGUCACCGCCACCACCUGCGCCAAUUUGUCCCCCACCGACAUCUGAGCACGAUGUACAGGUAGUCAGUGUAAUGAAGACAGGUGACGCGCCGGAUCCGGGGUCGGGCUAUGAGAGCAGUGUCUCAGAUCACACGAGGCUGCCUUGA